AUGGUCAGUAAGGAAACCAGCAAAUGCGUACUCACGACGUCCGAGGGUGAAGUGGAACCUGCCGCCUGCCUGGCCCUGGAGAUGAAGUAUGCCCUGGAUCCCAACCGGCAGAUUAAAAAACGGAAUAAAGCCCUACAGGUGCGGUUUAAGGAUAUCUGCGAGGCGCAGAAUGAGCAGCGGGACGCGCAGCUCCCGGCGGGGCCGCCGGGCGACAGGCGGGAGGCCAAGCCCGCGUCCUCCAGGGCGGCCUACCGCAAGUACAUGACCGUGCCCGCUCGCAGGUCCAUCCCCAAUGUCACCAAGAGCACGGGCGUGCAGACCUCGCCGGACCUCAAAAAGUGCUACCAGACCUUCCCUCUGGACCGCAAGAAAGGGAACCUCAAGGGCAUCCCGGCGGCGGACGCCUUUAAAAGUCAAAACAACGGGUUCGGGCCGGACGCCAAGGACAAGCGCGAGGAGGGCCCCGGGGAGGCCGGCCGGCCGUGGGGUGGCGGCCGGGUGCCCAAGGCGGCGGCCCCGGUGGCCCACUCGGACGAGCCCGUGGACGCGCUGGAGCGGCCGGCCGCGGUCAACUGUGCGGAGCCGGGCGGCGGCCCUGCCGAGGCCAGCUGCCCAGACGGGGCCCUGCCCGACGCCCCGGGGCCCGAGCCCGCGCUGCCCGGGAAGCCGAGGCCCGGCCGCGCGACGCCGGACACCGACGAGGCCGCUCCGGCGGCCCACGGGACGCUGUUUAAGACGGAGGUGGCCGCCGUGUACGCGCCUGCCCCCGGGCCCCGGGGCCCCGAGGCCUCCUGGUCAAACCCCGGCGCCCCAGGCGAGCGGCCCCUCUGCCCGGCGGCCGAGCAGGAGCCCAGGAGGGCCGCGCGCCUCGACGGGCUCCGGGCCGCCCCGGGCCCCGCGGCCGCCUGCUCGCCCCCGACGCAGUGCCUGUCCCCCGAAUGUAGUGAGCAGCCCCCGCAGACUCGAGCCCCGCCGGGGGAGGAGAGCCAGCCUUGCCCCCCGGCCGCCGCGGCGGGCGAAGAAUGCCGACAAAUCGUGCCUCACACGGAGGUGGUCGACCUGAAAGCACAGCUGCAGGUGAUGGAGGACCUGAUCAGUUCCAGCCAGGAAACCAUCAAAGUGCUCUUGGGGGUCAUUCAGGAGUUGGAGAAAGGAGAGGCCCAUCGGGAAGGGCUUUCAUAUCGGACUGGGCAAGACACAGCUAAUUGUGACACAUGCAGGAACAGUGCAUGUAUUAUCUAUAGUGUGGAGCUGGACUUUAAGCAGCAAGAAGACAAGCUCCAGCCAGUUCUGAAGAAACUCCAUCCUUUUGAGGAGACUCAGGUUGCACCUUCGCCUUACUCUCAGGAGCCCUACUCCGCUACUCCCAAGCAAAAAUCCAAACCCGAAUCUAAAAAGCACGGAAGAUGGAAACUCUGGUUUCUUUAAAACUCAUGGCGUGUGGAGUCUAAAGGCCGUCUUUAAAAGCCACUGGAGUUAAGUAAAUCCUUUUCCAAAAUGAACAGGAUCGAGUGAGCCAUGGCUGGCUCGGGCGCCUCCCACUUCCCACCCUGCUUACCAAAAAGGCCUUUGUACCAACAGAUAAUGACCUUCAGA